CUGGUUUAGUUUCUGGGGACGGUAUUAACGAGCGGACUAACCGGUGGCGAGGAGUCAUUCAGCGAAUAUUUGCAUAUAAACGUUUAAAUCAAGUUAAUAUUACAGUACGUAGAAACAUAAACAACAUAACAAAUAUCUGCACUUACAGCCAUUGAGUGGAAACUUAAUUUUAAAGUAACGAGUUUGUAUUUGCGACAAUAUGGCGGCACCCGUUGCUUUGAUCUCCUCUUCAAACUGACAGUUUUGGAACAGAGAUAAUGUUACUAUCAGCUCGUCGCCUAUCCAAAGUGCUGCAGCUCACCCUGGCGGUCAUCAAACCAGAUGCUGUCGCUCAUCCUGUGAUGUUGGAGGCUCUUCAUCAGAGAAUCCUGGACAACAACUUUGUGAUUGUUCGAUGCAAAGAUCUUGCGUGGAGGCGACAGGACUCUGAGAGGUUUUACGCUGAACAUUCAGGGCGAUUCUUCUACCAAAGACUUGUUGAAUUCAUGUCAAGCGGUCCGAUGAGAGCGUACCUUUUGGCCAGAGAGGACGCCAUACGUCACUGGAGAGAACUGAUGGGGCCCACCAAAGUUUUCAGAGCCAGAUACACCUCGCCUGCUUCUAUCAGAGCCCAGUUUGGACUCACAGACACACGAAACACAACUCACGGCUCAGAUUCUGUUGAGUCGGCAGAAAGAGAAAUCCGUUUCUUCUUCCCAGACUUCUGUGUGGAGGAGUGGAUGGAGAAGGAGGAGCCAUUGUUCCGAUCAGAACAAAUGCAUUACGACCAUCAAAAACAGAUCCACACUCUCUCAACGCAAAGCUGACCUCGUUCCCCAAAGACUACUUAGAAACUCUGCUCACAAAAAUGCGAGCUGCCAGAGGAGAUUCAAUCCUACAUGCUAAAUAUAAUGUGUACUGUGUUUAUCCAAUGUUUGUCAGUAAAUUCCUUGAACGUGGAAAUAUAUACAGCUUGUGAUUCAUA